CCACCACAUUCUCAUCUACAAAUUUCCAGUGGGAGGUACCUGCUGAAAAAUGGACUCGCGACGCGUCUCAUUGCCGGCAUCACUCGUCGUCUCUCACCCAUACUUCACCACUUAUCAUCACCAUCAACCACGCACAUCGUCUGUCUCAUCGAGUAAUUCGAAUUCAGUAAACGCGAACAGCACAAUGCUUUUGUCUCCCAACUUCUCGCCGAGCCCAUGUCCAAGGAGAUCGCUUCCAUCGACACCUCUUCCAAAUGGACAUCGUCGUAGCCUUCCACCAACUCCCCCAACUCCAGCAUUCUCAUCAACUAGUGAGCAAGAGGAGCUUUUUGUGAACGAUGAGCAAAUAAACGACGAAGAGCCAGAGUUUCCAAUAAGAAGCACUCGUCUACGUAGUUUCGACCUACGCGACGGGCAUAUUUUUGAUAAAGGAUUUCAGAAGAAACCAAGUGAGAAAGACUUUUUGAGUGUCAACGGAACUGGUUUCAGAAGAGGAGAUAAUCGCCGUGCCACUUGCCCAGAUAUAUUCCUCUUUGAUUCACAAAAUUGUCUCAUGAAGCACGUUGUUCUACGGAUCUAUGGUGCAAGAAAUUGCGGAAAAAAGAGCUUGGCCAAUCGAAUCCAUCAUUUCGCAACUAGCAUGGCACCGGAAAGAGUUGAUCCCGACGAGAAUGGAAAUGAUUACACUAAAAUGACAACUUUCCUGCUGAAUGGAAGAGAAGUUACACUGGAGAUUUUGCUCGAAUCGACACUGGAAAAUUCACCGUUCAGGCAGUCAAAGACACUCUACAUUGUCAUGUACAAUAUGGACAAUCGACAAUCUUUCAUUUAUGCCACACAGAUUUUGGAGAGAAUCACUUUGGCAAAUUUGAAUAAUCCGGUCCCUCUUCAACUGUUUCUUAUUGGAAAUAAAUGUGAUUUGAAACGAAACCAAGUGAUUUCCACAAAUGAAGGAAAAUCUGUGGCGCGAACUUUCAAAUGUGACUUUCUGGAAGUAUCGGCUCUUCUUGGAAUGAAUACUGAAGAGACUUGGACUACAAUUUUGAAAGAAUUACAGGAACCAUCGGAAAGAAGACGUCCAUCUUGGGUGGAACGAAUGUUGAACCGGGGAAAAGGAAUGGCAAAAUCAGCGGAACAAGUUUUUCACCGAAUGCUUGCUUAAACAGCUUGUAAAUUUCUUUGAAUAUCUUCCAAGAGGCCAACAUAUUUUUCGAUCAUAAUGUUUCGAAACUGAAACAUGUGCUUUAUGUUAUUCGAUUUGCAAAAUUCUAAAUCUAACCUCCACUUUUUCCUUUCCCUCGUGUUUUCCCGAAAGUGUCACAAGAAACAGUCCGGGUGUCACAGUACACACGAUCGCUGCGUGUAGUUGAAAAAAUCUUGUAUAACUUUGUUUCAACUGGAAUUUUUUAAUUGUUUCAAUUUUCUCAUUGUAUAUUGAUCUACCUGUUCCCAUGUAAACGGUGCCACAUUUCCCUUUGAAACUUUGAUCAAUUCAUCGUAGUAAAUCUUUAACAAGCGAUCCUCAGAAUCUCGACGGUCCUGAAUUCAUAAUUUUUUGCCAAUUUCUCUUGUAAAAUUCUGCAAUUACUUUGCCGCUCAUUGCAGUGACAAACAAUCGUGACAAAUCCUGUGCUGCAUUUCCCCAAUUUACACUCUGUAACAUUUGUUUUAAUAAAGUGUUGAAAAUG